UUAUUAUUUAGUCCAUAUUCGGGGCGGGAAACAUCGAUGAUCUCAUCUGUCCGUUCCUGGCUGCGAAAUUAGCUGUAGCCACGUUUUAGUUACUUUACUUUAACUGAUCCGGAUCUAAACAGGCUUCGUUUAAGGCUUCUCGAGAAGGAUCAUAACACUAACACUCACGAGAGAGUGAAAUUAAUAUUAUUUUCGGUUUUCUGGAAUCAGCGGAGGUUAAAUACUAAAUAUUAGCUAGCUCGUUAAUUAGCAUUAGCGGCACCUAGCUAGCUAGCUAACACUCGGGGAAUACAGGAGAGAGGAAGAUGGCAGCAGGGAAGAUGUGCGCCAGGAAGAACAAGGAGGAAACUGCAGAGUGGACAGGGUUGUUCCUGAACGACCUGAAAACCCGGCAGGAGUCCCUGGUGUUUGUCAAGAGGAUGAUGGCUGUGGCCGUCUCCUCCAUCACUUACCUCAGAGGGAUCUUCCCCGAGGACGCCUACAGGUCCAGAUAUCUGGAAGAUCUGUGUGUCAAGGUUCUACGUGAAGACUGCAGCAGGCCUGGUGCCAGCAAAGUUGUGAAAUGGAUGAUGGGCUGCUUUGAUGCCAUAGAGAAGCAGUAUCUCCAGAUUGUGUUCAUUGGGGUGUACACCAAUCCAGAUGACCCCAAUUGCAUUAUUGAGUCUUACCAGUUCAAAUUCAAAUACACUGAGAAGGGACCAGAGAUGGACAUACUCAGGAACAAUGACGUGAAGAUGCAGGUGACGUUGGAGGACACCAAGAGAGCAUCAGUUCUGCUCAUCAGGAAGCUCUUCCUGCUCAUGCAGAACCUCAAGGCCCUUCCCAGUAACGUCUACCUCACCAUGAAGCUCUACUACUAUGACGACAUCACCCCUGCUGAAUACCAGCCACCGGGCUUCAAGGAGGGUGAAUGUGACAGUCUGUGGUUUGAGGGCAUGGCUGUGCACUUCAAGGUGGGUGAGGUGCAGACGGCCUUCCACAGCUUGAGAGUCCGCGUGUCGGCCGAACAAGGCCGCAUGGAGAUACUUCAGGAAGGGAAUCAGCUGAGGGAGACCAAGAAGGUUCCUCAGAAAAAUCCCUCAGAGAGGGGAAUGAUCAAGGCUCCUCCAACGAAAAUAUACAAUGAAGACGAUCUACCCUCUGAAGACGAGUCUGCACAGUUCAAGAAACCCACCAGACCUGUGGCAAAGAAACAAGCAGCUGCCAAAAAUCCGGCGAGGAAGAAAAGAAGAACUUAGUCAAGGAGACAAGAGCGAAAGUCCAACACAUGUUUGAACUAUUAUAUUUUAUUGUUAUUUACAGACGGUGUUCACGUCACAAUUUAUAUGAUUUGAUAUGAGUUAAACAGGUCCUUUCUGUCAUUUGUCCUCAAAAGCAAAAUGUUCCUUUCACAGUUCUGAUCCAAACGACACUGUAGCGUAACAGUUCUACAAGAAAAAUACAUCUCUAUGAUUUAAAUCAACACAAUGUUCAAAAGUGCUUUUCAUUAUUUUAGUACUGUGUGUAUAAAGAUAUAUUGAUGUAGUUCAAGAAAUAAAACUUGGUUGUAAACUUC